AUGAACUCGUUGUAUACCUCGGGCGUUCGCCAGACAAGUUCAAUACAGGCUGACCUUGAGCGCCUAAGAAAUGGAGAUACUUCUGCCUCACUGCUGGGGCAGAUAUCAGCUUCAUUGGCGGCGAUGCACAGAACCAUUGACGACUAUGACUCGAUGGCAAAGCGUGAGAUAAUCAAAGCAAAGCAGGAAAAGGCACAAAUGCGAGUCCAAAAAUUCAGAACCGACUAUUCAGAACUUCGUACUCAAUUUGACCGCCUGAAAGCCGAGGCCGUUGCUCAAAGAGAAGCUGACCAGCGCGCUGAAUUGAUAUCCUCCUCUGGAACCCCUUCUUCUCCUUCCGAUGCUCGACGGCGCUUUCAAAACACUCCGAGCACGUCGCAGUUGCAUCCGGGCCUUCGUCCAGAUUCCCAGGUAUCUGAAUCGCCCUUUCGAAGUGUAACGCCACAGCCCGGAUUUGGCUCACGGGAGCAGCACGCUUUGGAUGAGCACACCUUCAUACAGAAUACGGAAAAUCGUUUGGACGAGUUCCUUGCGCAGGGAAGGGAGGUCCUCGACAACCUCGUGGACCAACGGAACAUGCUUAAAGGCACACAGCGGAGAUUGCUGGACGCAGCCAAUACUCUUGGGCUUAGCAGAGAUGUUAUCGGAUGGAUUGAGAGACGAAGUACGCAAGAUAUGUAUAUCUUCUUAGCUGGUGCCGUGUUUACCUUCUUCUGCUUCUAUCUUAUAUGGAGAUAUCUUGGUUAA